UCAUUAUAAUUAAAAAGCGCUGAUUUGAGCACAAAUAUUUUAGUAGUUAUCAGCAUCCCAAGCUGGUUGCUUUCUUAAAAAAUUAAUUCAAGAUGAAGAUUUCAAACGAAUUUAAAGUUAUAGUGGCAUUUUUCUGCGUUUGUUUGAUUUACCACAUAGACGGUCUGCCACAACCGCGGUACGGUUCGCAUCAUCAUCAUCACAAUUCCACGGCGGGGAAUAGCGGACGGCAUAAUGCAACACAUCACCGUCCUAAUAACUGGCAAUCACAUCACCGACCCAAUCAGACGGUUGAUCACCAAAAUCACACCAAUCCUAAUUACUGGCAUCCACAUCACCGACCAGGAAGACCAUGGCAUAAUCAUCAUUCACAUCGAAGAAACUGGACGCAAAAUAUCCCAAUCAGCACGCAACCAAUUAACAACGACGGUGGUGGACAAUUUGCUCCCACCAAUUCCGUUUGGGUGGCGCCAAGCAACUCAGCAAACUCUACAAAUUGGAAAGGCGGUGUAAGCAACAUUAACCCUAACAGAGGUUUCCUGCCACAGGUGAAUAAUGGAUCCAAUUCAGAUCCCAUUUGGCAUCUAGGUGUCGCUAUUGCGUCCAAUUUAGGUCCACAACCGUUAGCUGGUAGUGCCUCUGGACACAAAAAUACAACAAAUACUGGUUGGAAUAUCCCGAGUGGACAGCUUAAUUGAACUUAUAGCGCACAUCCUUACAGAAAACUAUUUGUUUGAAAUAAUUUACUUUGAAAUACUUAUAUUACUUUGAAAUAAUUUCCAAUUGAGAUAAGUUCCUACCAAUAAAAAACUAAAAUUGUAUUACCA